AUGAAGACUCAGAACAUCCGGACCGUCUCUCUCAUCCUCUCCAUCGUCUUCUACCUGCUGAUCGGAGCCGCCGUGUUUGACGCUCUGGAGUCGGACAGUGAGAUCUCCAGGAGGAAGACUCUGGAGCAGAAGCUGACCGAGCUGAAGAACCGGUUCGGCUUCACGGAGGAGGACUACCGGGACAUGGAGAGGUUCAUCCUGCAGGCGGAGCCGCACCGAGCCGGGAGUCAGUGGAAGUUCACCGGAUCCUUUUAUUUCGCCAUCACGGUCGUCACCACGAUUGGUUACGGCCACGCUGCUCCACGCACUGACGCUGGCAAGGCCUUCUGUAUGUUUUACGCAGUCUUGGGCAUUCCUCUGACACUGGUCAUGUUCCAGAGCCUGGGCGAGAGGAUCAACACUUUCGUCCGCUACCUCCUGCGUCGAGCCAAGCAGGGCCUGGGUUUGCGGACGACGGAGGUGUCCAUGGGGAACAUGGUCCUGGUGGGUCUGCUGUCGUGCAUGAGCACCCUGUGUAUUGGAGCCGCGGCCUUCUCCCAUUUCGAGGACUGGACCUUCUUUAACGCCUACUACUUCUGCUUCAUCACACUCACCACCAUUGGAUUUGGGGAUUUCGUGGCCCUGCAGAAGACGGAUGCCCUCCAGAAGCGACCCCCCUAUGUGGCAUUUAGCUUCAUGUACAUUUUGGUCGGGCUGACGGUCAUUGGGGCGUUUCUUAACCUGGUGGUCCUGAGGUUUCUCACCGUCAGCACCGAGGAGCCUGAUGUGAGGCCUGAGGCAGCGGCAGAGGAGCAGGGAGCGCAGCCUAAGGACACGGAGAGGGAGGUGGAAGCAGAAACUGCUGAUGAUGGCUAUAAGGAUGGACACAGCAGCCUGGGCAACCUGAGCCUUCCCAUGGAGGCGGGCACCAGCUGUAUGAACCUCCUCCCCUCUCCUGUAGAGGAGCGCAGACUUGUUUUAUCUGAGCACCCAAAGCUCUCCGAACCCAGCAGACUCAGGGACUUGUUCUCCUGCGUGUUCUGUUGCCCGGACAUUUACGACAGCCCUUCUCCGCCUCGCCGCGACCAGUCUGGCGGCCACAGCAACCCCGUCUUUUACGACUCCAUCUCCUACAGGGUGGACCAGGGCUCGUGCAGCUCCUGCACCGUGUCGUCGCAGGCCUCCCCCAGCAGCGCAGCGUUGUGUCUGGGCCAGAACAACCCUCACACCAGGAGGAUGUCCUUAUAAACCUCUGAACCUCUGACUUAGCGGCCUUUGUUCUGGACUUUUUGUACACGACACAGAACCGUCUGAUUUUCUGCUUGGUGGAACAAGUGCUCAGUGUUUUCCUAGUCAUGAAUAUAGCAGAUAAAAUGUAGCACAUCAUAAAAACCCUACAGUUUAUAAUGUAUUUUUCUACAUUCAAUAUUACUGCUAAAAAGAAAUGU